UCCUGAGAGCAGAUGGGGGUUAGCGCGCCGGACCAGACGUUGCCGCCGUCUCCGCCGUGUCGAUGCCGUUGGCUCGGGAAAAGGGUGCUCGCGAGAGAGACGAGAGAUGAAUUGCUGCCGUUGGUCGUCGUCGUUGGAUGAUCAAUAUAAGCAAGUGGCAAGCUUCAGCCCAUCUUGCCUUCCUUUUCCCCACACAACACUACACUCGUCGUUACCUACCAGCGAUUCCCUCCCUCGCUGACCCUCUCCUCUCUUCAUCACCUCACACACACCCUGUCAACACACACACUCACACGCUCACACACACGCCCCUCGCCCCACCAUGGCUGGAGAACACGAGCCAAAGGAAGAGGGCACCCAGACUACCACGACGACGACUUCGCCCAAUGCUGAGCACGGAGUCGACUUUGCCGCGGGCGUCACUAAACGCAUGAAUGACAAGCUCGUCCUCUCCGAGGUCGAAUGCUACGAUCAGCUUGGCUUCAGCUGGCCCACCUGGAAGAAGUGGUGGGUCCUGACCGUCAUCUUCUGGGUCCAAGUUUCAAUGAACUUCAACACCAGUCUCUACUCCAACGGCCUCAAUGGCAUCUCCGAGGAGUUUGGCGUCAGUCUCCAAGCUGCUCGUUGCGGUGCCAUGAUCUUCCUCAUCUUCUACGCCUUUGGAUGUGAGCUCUGGGCUCCUUGGUCCGAGGAACUUGGCCGCAAGCCCAUCCUUCAACUCUCCCUCUUCCUCGUCAACGUCUGGCAGCUCCCCGUCGCCUUGGCCCCCAACUUCGCUACCAUCCUCGUCGGUCGCGCUCUCGGUGGACUGUCCUCUGCUGGCGGUAGCGUCACCUUGGGCAUGAUUGCCGACCUCUUCGAGCCAGACGUCCAGCAGUACGCCGUCGCCUACGUUGUCUUCUCAUCCGUAGGUGGAAGCGUCCUCGGCCCCAUCGUCGGCGGCUUCGUCGAGCAGUACGUAUCAAACUGGCGCUGGACCAUCUGGAUCCAACUCAUCUUCGGCGGCGCCAUUCAAAUCAUUCACCUCGUCUGCGUGCCGGAGACGCGCGCUACGAUCCUCAUCGACCGCAUCGCAAAGGAGCGCAGGAAGAAGGGAGACGAGAUCUGGGGGCCGAACGAGGUCAAGCCAUGGAACGAGCGCUUCUCAGCCAAGGAGAUCAUGGUGUACUGGAUCCGACCUUUUAGGAUGUUCCUCACUGAGCCAAUCGUCCUCGUCCUCUCGCUCCUCUCUGGCUUCUCCGACGCUCUCAUCUUCAUGUUCAUUCAGUCAUUUGGCCUCGUCUAUGCUCAAUGGGGCUUCACCACAUCCCAGGUUGGUCUCGCCUUCCUUUCCAUUGGAGUUGGCUACGUCAUCGCCUGGCUUUCCUUCUUCCCCGCCAUCAAGCGCAACAUCAAGCAGCGCAAGAAUGAUCCCAACGACGAGCACACGCAGUUCGAGAGCAGGCUCGAGUGGCUCCUCUGGACGGCACCCUGUCUGCCCAUUGGCCUCAUCGGCUUCGCGUGGACCUCAGGUGGCCCUCCCAUUCACUGGAUCGGCUCCAUGAUCUUUGCCGCCGUCAUCGGCAUUGCCAACUAUGCCAUCUACAUGGCCACCAUCGACUACAUGAUUGCCGCCUACGGCCCCUACUCGGCCUCGGCCACGGGCGGCAACGGUUGGUCUCGCGACUUCCUCGCUGGUGUUCUCACCCUGCCCGCCACGCCCUUCUUUGAGAACAUUGGUCCCCCCGACCGCCACCUCCAGUAUGCCAGCACCAUCCUCUUCUGCAUCUCCUUCGUCCUCGUCAGCGCAGUCUACGUCAUCUACUGGAAGGGUCCCGAGCUCAGGAAGAGGUCGCCCUUUGCUCAAGAGCUCAUCCAAGAGCGAAACGCCGUCGACGAGAAGCUCCACGGGCCCCCGAGCGGUAAACAGGGCGAUGUUGAGGCGGGCGCACCUGCCUUCCCUCGUCGCGCGUCGUAUGCUCGCGAGGACCAGGAGAGGAGGAUCAGGUCUGGUCCCAACUCGAGGAGGCAGAGUCGUGCUGCCAGCAGGGCCAACAGUCGCGCCGCCAGUCGCGCCCCAAGCCCCGUCGGCGAGGAGGCGUAGACGCGCGUCCGCCACGCCCAAGUAGAGCGCAUCAUCACCAUCAACGCAGUCACAGCAUCAGCAUCACCAGCGCGACGGACCGACAACAAGCGCAGUCGAUCUCAAAUCGACGCGGCGUCAGCUACAUCUUUCCUCACACUCCUCAUCCGCCUUCGUCUUCAUCGCU